UCGGACUUUCUGCGGACGGAUACGUUGACAACUUCACUACAGUGUGUGAGCCGGGAACACUGUGUGAUAUUAAAGUUUUAUAUCGACUCAAGUUAGGACAGUCUCGGGAAAAUGGGCACAUAUUUCGGGGAUGCGGCAGCUGCUGUGUGCGAUAAAUGAGGAUUUGGAUAAAUAACUUGCAGACAGUUUGAUGAACUCCAUCCGCGCGCUUCAUGUUCGAUAGGACAGUACAUUUAAAAUUAAUCAAAUCUUUCAAUAUUUGGAGGAUUUCUACAUAUGGAAACAGGUAGUUGAAUGUUAGAGGAGUUUUAGUCCAGUGUUGUGAUGGGUAAAGAUUAUUACAGGGUCCUGGGCAUAGAGAAGGGCGCCUCUGAUGAAGAGAUCAAGAAAGCCUACAGAAAACAAGCUUUAAGAUUUCAUCCCGACAAAAACAAAGCAGCCGGAGCAGAAGAUAAAUUCAAAGAGAUCGCCGAGGCUUAUGAUGUCCUGAGCGAUUCCAAGAAGAAAGACAUCUAUGACAGAUAUGGAGAGGAUGGGCUCAAAGGACAUGCCGGAAGUGGCCCCAAUGGCCCCAGCUAUACUUUUCAUGGUGAUCCUCACGCCAUGUUUGCAGAGUUCUUUGGUGGCCGUAGCCCGUUUGAUCAGUUUUUUGCAUCCGCUGGCGGUGUAGAUGAUGACAUGGACAUUGACGACCCCUUUGCAGCCUUCGGAAUGGGAGGAAUGGGCGGAUUUCCCAGAUCCUUCAAGUCUCGGGCAGGCGGUCCGCACAGGGCCCGAGAAAAGAAGAAAGAUCCGCCAGUGGUGCACGAGCUCAAAGUGAGCCUGGAAGAAGUGUUCUCUGGUUGCACCAAGAAGAUGAAGAUCUCUCGCAAGAGGCUGAACCCGGAUGGCCGCACCAUGCGCACCGAAGACAAGAUCCUCACCGUGGACAUCAAACGGGGCUGGAAGGAGGGGACCAAGAUAACCUUUCCCAAAGAGGGAGACGAGACGCCAACCAACAUUCCCGCCGACAUAGUGUUUGUGGUUAAGGACAAGAUUCACCCUGUUUUUCGGAGGGAUGGCUCUGACAUCGUCUACCCUGCAAAGAUAUCCCUCCGAGAGGCUCUAUGCGGCUGCACCAUCAGCGCUCCCACCUUGGACGGCAGAACUGUCACAGUGACGUCACGUGAUGUUAUCAAGCCUGGUAUGAAGAAGAGGAUAGUGGGAGAAGGACUGCCUCUGUCCAAAUGUCCUGAAAAGAAAGGAGACAUGGUGCUCGAGUUCUUAGUGAAAUUUCCGGACAAGUUGGGACAGGGUGCUCGUGAAGCUCUGGUUCAGAUCCUACCAGCUUGAUCAUUGCGACCUCUGGAGGAGAGAGACUCCCUGAUCAGAUCCUGUGAUCGAUCCCUUUUGAUUUCAUAUAGAUUAUUGCACCUGAAAGCAUCAGUGAUAAAUGUACAAAUAAGUCAAGUUCAGAGAAACACAAUAGAGCUCCAGUGUAUUAUUUAUAUCUCCUUGUAUCGCAAUGCACUUUUACAAAACACAGUGAACCGUUUCUGAAGUAAUUUAGUGACUUUAGCACAAUUUGCAGUAACCUAAGAGUAAAUGCUCUGUCAUCCUCCU